CACAGACGUGUUGUUCAUAAUCAGCAGGUGUUGGAUACCGAAUUAGUAAACAUACCAUUUCGUGUAUAUCGUCUUAUCCCUUGGAAAUCGUUGCACAGAGAAUUGAAUCAUUCGUUGACGUUGACGGAGCUGGAGUGUGAGCACUUUGUUUCAGUUGUCACAUCGCUAGUGUAGCUGGUAGCCUAUUUCACAAAACCACUUCGAGUCCUUAAACCUAAAAGAACAUUGACGCAUAUGAUUUCGCAACGAAAAUAUAAUGCAAAAGUUUCUAAAGAACAAAGAAAUGUACCCCCGGAAACUCCUCCCAAUUGCGACAAUCUCGGAAGAAACAUCAAACUAUUUUCACUUUCCGUGAUAAUGUUAAUGAUAAUCGUUUUGAUCGUGUUGAUUAUUGCAAUGGUAAUGAAUAAUGCAUUGGAUUUCGACGGCGAAGAUAAGAAACAAUCGAUCCUUGAAACUCUGACUAUAAUUAGCGCGGUGGUUCUUGGAGUUGCUUGGAUAACUGCAAUAUGGCAUAUUUCAGUAGCAACUAAGGGUCUUCGGCUUUGCCAGCAGUUAAAAAAGUGAAAACAA